AUGCCUUUGCGGGUCACGAAAUGUCUUUCUGGCUGUGAGGACUUGUCCGCAAACACACGGCAGGGAUACAAAUGGCACGCUCAAAUUGUGGGAGACGACUUCUUCCACAAGAAGCACUGCACUGCCCCGGGCUUCUUGAAAGCAUGCCGGCCCUUUCCGCACAUCAAGAUCUCUGACCUACGGGCGUCCUUGGAUAAAAACGAACACGGCAGCUGGAUUCUGUCAGGACCGCUGAACGACUGGCCUGGCCUGGUUGGGCUAGAGUUCGUGUCCAUCACUUGUAAAGUUCGGUCGGUGAUGGGAACAGCAGUUCGACGCCUCUGGCUGCAUGGUUCAGCAGAGGACACUGGGCCGAUGGAGGUGCUCCAGGCGCUCUCUGACAAGACUCUGCGCUCCUUGCGUGGGACGUUUCGGGCGCCCACGUGGACAAGUGUCGGCUGGUCUCCCUCCUCCCCUGGCUUCCUGCUCUGGCACGCCUCGGGUUACGGCGGAGGGCUCCUGCACGGCUCUGCCACGGUAGACUUCGCUAGGAGUAACAAGGAGGCUGCAGAAGCUACAGCGACGAACGUGCACUUCUUCACCCAUCGUUAUGCCAAGGCCACGGAAGGCAUCAAAGACCGGCUGAUUUGGCAUGGUGCUAUCCUCAUCGAGUGGAGCCACCAGCGCUUCGUAAGUGUUGUGGAGCUCGCAUGGCUGAACGGCCUCGGCGGCUACCAUGGCCGGUGCAACUGGUGCCGGGACAAGUUGGCUGACCCAACGGCCAUCUACGCAGGAAUGCCUGACAGCAUGAAGGUUCCCUGGCAGCAGCAUCUGGCAGAGAUCCGUAUGGUCGACACAGAGAUGAAGAGCUUCCAGGAGUUCGAGGCCUUUCUCCACGAGUUCAGCGGUGCCGGCUCUCUCAGCAUCAAGGAGCAACGGUUCUUCGAUCCUUAUGUGGCAUUCUCUGGACAGGUCCGGCUCGAGCGUCGAUCUUUGUCGGACAUCUUGGGCUACUUGCUCAACUACAGCGCUCGCAACCCACACUACGAGGAAGCCCGCCGCAAUUGCCAAACUUUUGCUGCAGACUUCUUUUCGAUGCUUACGGGCCAAGAAGGCGUACAACCCACUCAGGCCUUCUGCGCCCCGGCGGCGUUUUUGUUAUUUUGGUGCUGCAUAGAUAUGACGUUGGCGUUUAUGGGCGCUUAG